GGGUAUUGAUGAUGAGACUCUCUAUGAGGGUACACUAUAUGUAAACGAGGCUAAGGUAGAGAAAGAGGUGGUGAACGAAGUUAAAUCAGAUGGUGAAAACGUUCCUAGUGGUUCAGGAGAGGAA